AUGCAACUCUGUCGUGGACAUAGUUCGCUUCACCGGAGCUUGGUUGAAGGGCUCUGGGCGUACUGCUCGCCGCAGCUUGGCCUUUGCCAGACUCGGCAGCUUGAGAUGCUGGUGAAACGUGCCAGCCGUCGCUUGGAAGAGCGAACCAAAGAGGUCAGCUUGCAGUUGACAAGGAACUCUCGCUUCACAGCGAAGUUUGUGGCAGUGGUGUCGGAUUCCUUCCAUCUGGUUUGGAAAGACUCAGGCUGUGCCGACUUUGUCAUAUCCAUGAAGGUCUCCGACAUGUGGUCGAGCGCUGGUGGCUUCCUGGAGUGCAUGCGGGAUCUCACGGAGGCCUCCCAGAGGCGGUGGCUCUUGAUGUGCAGGUAUGCUGCGGUGGAGAAUAGCUUCAUGAUACCGCGGUGGAAGUUUGCUUGGGAGGCGGAUGGGGGAGUGUACGGCGAAGGGUACGCCAAACACCUAUCACAUCGAGCUUAUGCCCUGCUCCAAAUGCUGAAAAAGAUGUCUGCGAAUUCGCGCCCGGAUGAGCCGUUGCUCAUGGUGGAGCUGGGUGUCUGCAUGGCUGCGACGUCAGAAGCACUGUUGAAGCGAAUGCCUGGCUUGCGGAUGAUUCUCGUUGAUCGGGUCAUCUUUCCCGCGGCCAAGCAGCGCACACAAGCUUACGCAAAUCGCACAACGUGGAUCAAUGACCUCGGUGCGGUGGCAUCAAGCAAGGUGGCAGAUGGAUCUGCAGACCUCGUCUUCAUAGAUGCAGCCCACGACUAUGAGUCUGUCCAGGAAGACCUCCUGCAUUGGGCGUCAAAAGUGCGUCCUGGGGGCAUUCUCGCCGGCCACGACUACCUCACCGCCUCACCAGGCUUGCUUUCCGUGUUACAUGCACGGCUUUGA